AUGACGGGAGCAGCAGGUUUAACGACGACUGCAUCACAAGUAGUAGUAGUAGUAGUAUCAGUAAUAGCAGCAGCAGCAGUAGAAGAAGAAGAAGAAGAAGAAGGAUAUGCCUACAUCACGAUGCCCCCCAAACGAGCACUGUGGUCUGAUAAUAACUUAGUGUCGGCUGUCCAAGCAAGGCUAUUUGUGUGUCAAGAAAUGCCCUCAUUGGGAACGUUUUGGAAGAUCAUGAUGCACAUCGUUCCACUAAUGCCCCUCGUCGCCACCAUCAGUUCAAACAUGAACUGGCCAAUCAGGAGAAUGAGCAACGUUUCUGGUGACAUCAUGUUGGGGGCGUUGUUUCCCAUUCACGAAAGAAACGCCAAAUAUGAAUGCGGCCGCUUGCAGGAUGAGGGCAUCCUCCAGUUGGAAGCCCUACUGUUCACAGUAGACAAAAUCAACUCAGAUAAUGCCAUCUUGCCUGGAGUAAAACUUGGCGUCCUAGCCCUCGACAGUUGUGAUUCCGCAGCAUAUGCUCUAGAACAGACCCUGGACUUCAUCAAAGGAUUCGUAGCAAGGAACAAUGCCCACAACGACAGGCAGUUCAGGUGUGGGGAUGGUACUAUCCCAGUAUAUAGGGAUGGAAGCUUCGACAGAGUGGUUGGAAUCAUUGGAGGUCAGUCUUCAUCUGUGUCCAUCCAGCUUGCCAACUUGUUGAGAUUGUUCCGUGUACCACAGGUGAGUUACCAAUCCACGAGCCCCACACUCAGCAAUAAAGAAAAGUACGAUUACUUUUUCCGAACGGUGCCUUCAGACGUCAAUCAAGCGUAUGCAAUUUUGGAAAUACUGAAAGUGUUUCAAUGGACGUACGUUUCCGUUGUAUAUUCAGACACCGAUUAUGGCAACAAAGGAUACGAGAAGCUGCGGGAACUCUCACCACCGGACAUUUGCUUCUCCAGCCCCCAGAGCAUAAAUGUGGAUCACUUUUCUGACGUCGAAUACGACACCGUAAUCAAGAACUUGAUGCAUAAAACUAAUGCAAGAGUGGUCGUCGUGUUCGCCGACAAACAGGUCGCAAAGAACAUAAUGGAUGCAGCCAAUCGUCGCAAAGCAUUCAGCAGAUUCGUGUGGAUCGGCAGCGAAGCCUGGGGUGGUCGCAACUAUGUGGUCGAAGGAAACGAACACGUCGUUGAAGGCGCAAUUGCGAUCUCGCCUUUGCUCAAACGCCUACCUGGAUUUGAUGACUUCUUCAAAAAUCUGACCCCAGAAAACAAUGCACAGAAGAAUCCGUGGUUUCCAGAGUUCUGGGAGGAGCAUUUUCAUUGCAAGCUGCCGGAUUUUGAUCAGACCCCGUACAAUCAAAAAUUUCCAAAGUGGUGUUCCGAACAGAAGAUUUCAGAAGUCAGUGGAGACAAGCAAACGUUCAGCGAAGCGCUGCACUUCGUCAGAGAUUCAGCAUACGCGUUCGCGCAUGCGCUGUCUAACAUCCACAAGACGAAGUGCAAGAACACCCCUGGACUUUGUGAUGCGAUGAAGACUUUGGAUGGGUCAGAGCUAAAGGAAGCUUUGGGAAAAGUACACUUUACUGUUGUUUCACAUAUAUUCGAAAGUGUUCAAUUCAACAAUCCAAGAACUUUCUUCUUUCACCACCAUCCACCGCCGCCACCUCCACCGCCUUUUCCUCCACCACCUCCUUUUCCUCCUGAUGAUUGCUGGAUUUUUAUAGGAACCGCUAACAGUGCCAAUGCCAUCUGUUGA